GUAAAACCCAUCUUAAGUUCCGCAGGUUAUUUUUUUUUUGCUCUUGUCCGCACGACAACACGACCUAUGAAAAAUUGAGGCAUAACUAGAAAACUCUAAAGAAAGAUUUUACUGCAGUGAGUUGAUAUAAUUUUUGGCACAUCUUAAUAUUUUAAUAAGCUUGUAAUUAUCGGUGAUUAAUUUUUACAUAAUUUUGGGUGUAUGCAUCAACAGAUCAGAAAAUCAGAUUCACGUCAACAUGCUAUUAACGUGAAGUAGCCGUUGAGACAUUAUAUAGGUAGUGACAUUCAUCUAUAGUAGUUGUAAGUGUUCCGUCGUAUAAUAUCAUUGUAGGCUUUUGAAAUAUGGCGGACUGUGAGGACAGUACAGAUGACAAUUGCCGACCUCAAGAAACACUUGUAAUGAAAUUAAAUACUCCUGCUGAAUCUAACAAAAAUUCUUCCUAUGGUCCUAUUUUAGUACAAUCAAAAUUUGGUAAUUCUCCAUGUAAUGAAUCCAAUCAGUCAUUAUCGAACUUCGGUGGUUUAAAGCCAUCAAUACUAAGACCAUCCCAAUUAAGUACGAUCACUAUUACACCUGGACCAUCAACAAAGUCGUCCUCAGAUUCUCAGCAGAGUCAAAGUUCUCCUACAAAAAUCUCAGAAAAGGCAGUAUUAGAAAAAGAUAAUUCUACAGAUAAAAAUGGUAAAAGUGCAGAUGAACAAGUUGAUAUAGAACAUAGUAAUACUGAAAAUAGUAAAAAAGAGAGUGCUAAAGUUGCAGCGCCCAAAUUUUUGCCUCUUGCUACUAAUAAUCCUAAAGAAAACAAUUCUAUCUGUAAUACUAUAGGAACAGUAAACAAUUUAACAACGAGUUUUGUUUUUGGUCAAAAUAUUAAAGAUCGCGUGACAGUAGGAAAAAAUAACGAUAGUUCUGAAGUUGAAAGUAAAAAAUGUACAAAAGAAGAUUCAAUCAAAGCGAAUAAAUCUUCGGAAUUACUCUUUUCCAAUGCUGCUACUGUUUGUGGUAGUACCACCAAAUCUGGAUUAACAUUAUCACAAGCUGCACAUGAAGUAGAAGAAGCUAAUCGAGCUAGUAAGAGAAAAUACAAUCAAGUUAUACUAUUAACAGGUGAAGAGGAAGAAGUUAAUAUUCUUCAAAUCAAUUGCAAACUUUUUACGUUCGAUAAAGGGACAGGUGGUUGGAAAGAAAGAGGACGAGGCAUUCUUAGACUUAAUGAUCGAGAUGAAGAAUCGCGACUUGUUGGACGUGCGACUGGUACUCAAAGACUUAUUCUUAAUACCAAAAUUUGGCCAGAAAUGACUGCUGAGCGUGCUGGACCCAAAUCCCUUAGAUUAACUGCUAUGGACAUUCAUGGUGAUAUAAGAAUUUUUGUAGUCCAAGCGGCACCUGCAGAAGUUGAUCAGCUCUAUAAUCUACUUUUACAACGACUUGAACGUGCCAAAGAAAAUCAACCGAAAAAAUUUGCUGCUGAUCAUUGACGAUUACCUAGAUAGAACUUAAAUCUGAAAAUAUCACAAUGAUUAAUUUCUAAAAUAUAAUUGCUGAAAAGUUAAA